GAAACGAAAUGAUUGACUUUAGGCGCACUCCUUGUAGUACUCUGUGGACUAAGCACUCUCAUCAAUUCGAUUCCGACGGGCUAUGUGGUGGUGGUAGUUAUCUUCCGUCUGUAUGUGAUCCUAUACUGAACGCCCUAAACCGACUGUCAGUCAGCCCAGAGUCUUCGAAAUGGCGAAAUUGUUCCUCCGGUGAAUGCCAGCAUGAGGAUAUCAUCGUCCAUCCCGGUCGCCUCGUCAAUACAAAUACCGAAUUUACUAAACACAGUUUGACACUGCUUUGUAUUACUGCAGGAAGUACAUCUCGUGAUCCGGGUCAAGAUUCGCGUCCAUGUAUUGAUGAUUUGGUUUUAAACAUGAGUACUGGCAGCGAACGUUCGCAUAUCCCUGUUGAGUAUGUUAACAGUUACGUUACGAAUUCAGUCCAGUUACCUAGUGAUACUUAUAAACGGAAAUACGCUCUCUACACACACUGCUCGACUGUAGCUCCCAGUAGCAAAGAAGACAAAAGCUUCAAGGUGUCUCCAGUGUUUGACAUUCUUGGUUGUCCUACUUCCCGUGAUGAGUGUCCCAUCAGUUCGGCUUGUAUGGUGAAGGACCUACAAUGGGAAAGCGUAAAGUCUCAAGCACGACCCUGGAACAACCUGUCGCUCCGUGAUGCAGUCGGAGCUGCUUUGUCGAUACUCAUCAGCAAACCCAAACCUGGGUCGCGUCGACAACCAACACGUCAGUCUCAUCGAACCAAGGAAUGGGAUCACGAUACUCUUAGACUUCACUCUUGGUUUAAUGCAAUAUGUCUCUUGGAGAUCCCCGCCUCCUUGAAGCAGAUGUUUUUGACUGUCCGUAGGAAGCUUGAGGAGGAUUACGUUUUAUGCGUAUUCUGUCGAAACAAUGGGGAGUCACCUGAAGUCUACGUGACCCAUGAGGUGAAGGAUCAGAACGGUCGAGUUACAUGCCCGGUACUGCGUAUUCUUUCGUGUCCAAACUGCCAUGCCACCGGUGACCACGCUCAUACUAUUCGGUAUUGUCCACAUCCGAGGCAAUUCAACUAACUUGUACUUUAUAUAUUAUGUGUAUGACUGUCGUUAUGUUUUUUCUCUUACUUCCUUACUCCUUUGUACACGUUACCACCUCAUCUCACGUAUGUGUCUUUUAUGUUCGUUAAUUCAAUUCAAGCAUUUCUUCUAGUGCCUUUUGGUUUCCGAGACGUUUACGUCGUGACUUUUUUCGCUGUUGUAGAGCGGAAUACCACAACUGCGUGCGGAUAUGUCAGGGUAUGAGACUAAGUAUGGUUUGAAUGACAAUGAACGACGGGGUUGGGGAGGACAAGUGGGUUCGUUGCCGACCUUCAGUAAGUAGCAUUAAGUUUCUGCGGCUAUCUUAAGGGCCACUCGAGUAACUAAUUGGAUGGCAGUAUUCCGCCUGGGAUUACCUGGCGCCGAAGCAUGAGGGUGGUUCACUCGCGC